UCACAGCAUUCAGGCCAAUCAAGAUGGCGGCGUCCUGUGGUGGUUUUGCCAGCUUUGCUGCUUAGAUUGUUUGAUCACCUUAUGCUAUGCUCGGCUCUCCGUGUUCGCACACCCAGUCGUAAUCUGCAGCGAUGACUCACGGCGCGAGAGGCAAGGCCGGCAAAAAAUCUGCGGCUGCGAAACCGGCGUGCAACGGUAAUGCCGUUCGGUCCUCGUCCAAAUUGCCGUGCGAGAACGUCCGGGGUGAGCCCCUGGACUUUUUCGCCAUUAAUUACGGCAAGAACUUAGUCCAGGAGUAUAUAUUCCGACACCGAGCCUUCAACACUAAGCGAUGGCUCGUGUUAACGCCUCUAUUUCUCGCCUGUUUUCUCCGCUGCGGCCUCCAUACGAGGGGAGUCGACAUCCUUGGGUUAUCCCUCAUCGUAUUGUGUCUUCUCCUGGUUGUGAAACUUCGGCGACGCGUGAAAGAAGAAUCGCUCCUGGUGAUGAGGUCGCUGGGUCUGCAGACCACGACGACAUUCGUGACCGGAAGGCAGGAGUCGAGGUUCAUCAAAAAGGAAAACAUUGAUGACGUCGUCAUUUCGGAAGCAAUAUCCAUGCACAGCGUCAUCUUUUACUUGGUCAUAUUGCUCCACAACGUAGAUUCCAAGGUUCCCAGCCUGGUGCCUUUAUUUCAAAACACCAUGCCGAGGCUCGACGCCCUGAAGAUGGUUUACCGCGGCUGGAGCCUGCAGCAGUGAUGCCGCAUACACAGGCAGUAACCGGAGCUGCCACCAUCAUAUUUUUUUGUUGAUGACUCGCCGUCGACCAAGUCUAUCGGCGUCUUACAACUACUUGCCAUAUUGACUUAUGUAGUGAUCGUUUUUACCAUUUCGGGGGAGCACUGUUCACCGUAGCCAUCCUGGAUGCCGCUCGUGAUCAGCGACGUCCCGUCCUUAUUAUUUACUUAUUUAUAAAAAAGCCCAUCCCUUUUAGAGUUGUGAACUUGCCAAGUUUUUAGUCUAGCUUUUUACGUAGUCAACUAAAAAUGUUCGCAGGCAUGUUGUGCCUGGAAUGAACUUAACUACAUAUCACCUGUGUGUGUACUGUUAGCCUUGCCACAGAGGGAGCUGCUUCAGCUCACCAAUUAGAGCAGAAAGCUUCAACGAUCACUCAGCUGUGAAAACCUUCGUUACCUUAAUGGUGCCCUGCAACACUCUUUGAACAUAUAUUUUUAAAAAAUGCUUCCAAGCAAGGCUCCGUUGAAUAUCUCGCCCAAAUAUUCUUGCACAGCACGUAGCAGUAAGUUAAAAAUGUCACGUCAAAAACGGCCAAAAAACGCUUGCUCUCUCCUCGGCUGUUUUGUUAUAAACUAUGCAGCGGGUGGGAGCAAACAGGUGCAACAGGCACUGGGUCCUUUUAAACAUAUAAUACUAAUACUGACAUAGUAGUGUCUUUCCAAGAUAACUUAAAAGGGUGUUGCAUGACCCUUUUAAACUUACAAUACUGAUACCAAUAUUUCAGGUUUUCUGCUUCAUAACUCAGUGCAUAUCAUGGACCAUAAUGUUGUAUUAUUAAGUGUGAUUUUUACUUUUUUGCUUUCUCUUUUUUUUAUAUAUGUGCAUUGUUAACAGACUUGUUUCAAUUCCCAAAUGCAUUGUUUCAAUCCGGUGCAGAUGCUUGUGACAUACAUAGAUUGUGUGGUCUUUGAUAAUAAUGAUGUCUCAUUGCACACGCUGUACCACUUUUGAAGCCACAGCCAGUGUGUUUAUGUCCUGUUCGCAGCCAAAAAAAGCAAAUUGUAGCAUGCCAUGUGAUGCAGCAGGAUGACAUUUGAAGAACUCGUCGAACUCUCUGAAAGGUCUCAGUACAGCUGAAUGUUGUACAUCGAUGGACUGGGUGCGAAAUACGAAAUCAGUCGUGUACAGUAGAACCUCGUUGAUACGUUCUCGUUUUGUACAAUUUCCCAGUGCCAAUGUUCGCUAUAUUUUUAUCAAGCGAAACUGGGCAAUGUUUUGGUGAGCUUGCGUUGUAUGUUUUCCCGGAUAGUGUGUUUCUUUCUUUUCUUUUUUUUUUCUAAGCGAAGCUUUCAUAACUCGCAGAUUUCAGUGGCGGUGUCGUACGGAAAAAAACCCAGUGCUGGCGAGUGUACAGAAAUGCGAACCUUGAAGGUGCGCCGGUCACGCGCGUAUUCGUAUGCGCCGUUUUCCGAUAAUUGAUGCUCUUUCGAUCAUGGGGCUUGUUGAUGAUCAGCCAUUUCUGAUACGGCAAUCUGAUCUUUGAUUGAGGUGACUUGUCAUUUCACGUUGCCACAUUUCAUUGUUGCCUGGGUAUGAUCGUGCGACCGUCGUUGUUGCCCGUAGCAACUGAAGUGUUUUGUGGCUAAGCAUGUGGAUUAAGGUCCAAUUCCCAGCAUGGAGGAAGCAGGAACAAUUAAGAGGGAGCAUUGUGCUUUGCGAUAGAAAUAAAGAAAGAAAAGUAGUACACCAGGCACGGAAGCGCAAAGCUUCGCUUGCCCCCAUUUUCCCGAUAGGGCAAGGGCUCCUGAAUUUUUUUUAGAACGCAUGAACGAGGUGUUACCAUACAUCGAUUUAAGUUCACGUUAAAAAUACUGCUAAAGUGUAUGGGCAGUCCCACCUGAGUCUGAAAAAAGGAUAUCAGCACGCUUUUUGUAGGAAGUGCAACAGUGGUGUCCAAAUGUUUUUUUUUUUUUUAAUUAUGAACUGUCUUUUCUAUACUUUACAGAAUUCCCCGAUGAUAAUUGAAAGGGGGGCUGGUUUUAACGUUAUCAUAGUAGCACUGUACUUUGAUGACGUUUUCAUCGUUUUCACAAAGAACUCACUGCAACAAAAUUUCACUUUGGCGGCUUUUUUAUUGUGCCCGUAAACAGCUCGUUUUAAACACAGUUUAAUGUAUUAAAAGAAGGAGUGCAUCAUAAAAAUGUUACGCAUCUAAAAAAAAGGUGUAAAAAAUGUGCUGUGUGAACGUUAACAAAGCAAUCUUGGGUAAAGCUGCAGGACUGAUAAUCAUCUGAUUGUCUUAUCAGCAGCCUUCAGGUAUCACAUAAGGAUUCAAUGCACACAGCUUGUGGUUAGCAAAUGUGAUCCCAGCUUGCACCUCCUGUGUUUUAGCAUGCAGCGAAAGUUUCUUUCGAUGUUCUGGGUCAUGCCUCUCUUCGAGCAAGGAGUAGUGGUGGAAUUUAAUGCAUAAAAAUUUUAGUAUUUGUCAUCAUCAGCAGCCUGACUACACCCACUGAUGUGCUGUAGUGCUUCCCUUUAAAAAUUAUGCUUCCAUAUGUCUGCAACAUAACAAAUGAGUGCUCUGAUCCGAGAGGUAGUGUGUUAUUGAAAUUGCAAGGAGUCUGCAAGAGAGGCAUGACAAGGAAUUUCACUUGUGGAUCGUGCAGUUACGCAGUUAUAGCGCGUUACUGUGCUGUACGUUUGGUGCACAAAGAAAGCGGGACGCUACAGUUGCUGCACCAAGUAACUAUACCAGGUUUGAAAGCAUAUCCUAGUGACCCCCACCCCCGCGAUUUUGAAAAGAGUGGUGGAUGGUGACUGGUGUUUUUUUCUAUAAGACGGCAUAACUUAGGAAAUGCUUGUGUACAUAUUUUACCAGGUUGUUACUUCCAAACUAGUGCUCAGUAUUUUUAAAUUACUGUACCGCUUGAAAGGCUUGCGUUGUGUUGUGGAAUGUUGGCUCCCAGAGAGUUGCCCUUUCGUUAAAUUUGCUUGUCUUGCUUCCAUGAUGUGAAUAAGGAGAUAACGAAGGUCGUAUUUGGUUGUGUUCUUUUUUUAAUUGCAAACUGUUGCAGAACUGGUCGACCCUUGUCUGUCCGAAAAACAUGUUGCUACUCUUCAGUAUAUCCACUUGGACAUUUUGCCAAGAACUGUGGCAACACCCCUGAAAAAAAGAAGGAAAGAAAAAAAAAAGCGAAGAGUCUCUUACUAUAUUGUGCAAAUAUCUUAAAAAGGGCUUGUACUUAAAAAGUACAGCUACACAGAAGUAGCGCUGGAUACGUGAUUUCGUAAGUCUACGGAUGCAAGAGCUAUGAAAGAGCGAUGUCUUAUUUACAGCCCGUACCUGGCAACAUGAGAAUUCAAUAGCGUAAAGUCGCAUCCUUGCGCGCAUUAUGUUCAUGUUUUUUGUAGCGUCCACGUCUAGUCCACAAGGUCAUUUUAACUUGUUGCUCAACAUUGUCAUUUUGUUUUUUUGUUUGUAUUACCAAAUUUUAUGCACGCAGUAGCCAGUAGCAUUUGCUGGCAUCACACAGGCAUGCGCAGAAUCCUUCAUUAGGAAGGGCGGAGCUUUGCCCCCUCCCCCCGUUUUUGGUUGAGUCCGAAAGAAAAGCUUUUGCGAUAAAUGCAAAAAUGAAAAUGAAGGGAUGACUUUAUUCUCACAGUGGCCUGUCUUUGGUUCCCCGCUAUACUCGCGGACAACUUUUCUUGGCAAUGAAGGGAAAGCUACGGGGGUGGAGCGUCUGCACAUGUAAUGCUACGCGAAGUAGUCCGGUUUGGCGCGCGUAACGCCGUGGAAAGUGAUGGCUAGCGUUGCAUUUCGACGCAAACGCUGCUCAGCGUCUAAGGUACGGGUAAAAGGCGCGACUUUUUCACGCACGCAAAAACGCAAAGUGACAACGUAUAAAGUAAAAGAAGUACAAAUAUCUCGCUUGUGAACGCUGCGUUCCGUCUCAAAAAGCUACAUGUAGAAAAUGAAGGAAUAUUUUAUAUAUCUCAUGCAGAAAAUAAGGACGCAAUUGUGGGACUACAUUCAUCAGUGGUAGGAUACGUGCAUUGUGGCUCUGUAGCCUUCGCUUCAUUGCCAAGAAAAGUUGUCCGCGAGUAUAGUUAAGAUAGGAAUUACACUUUUCGAAAUGCAACGUCAGGGGUCCUCGGCCGCCAUUAUCACCAAACACUUCCUUGGACAAAACCCUGCUCUUUAAACAAUGACGUGACUAGACCGCUUAUGCAAAGGUAUGGGGCAGACUUCGCGCCCCCUUUAGAUGACUAAAGAGGCGGGAAGGGGGGUCUUUUGAUAAUGUAGAAUAAUCCAUGUUAUUAAAAAAGACAAUCUUUUGUCAUUCUUUCAUUAUGAACCAGCUGGAAGAAGUUAUUGUGCAUCUGGAAUAACAUUUUUUUUUUUUUUUUGCAACUCCGGAAGAAUGUCUCUUGUAAUUUGUGCUGCAGCUUUUAUGAUGAGAUAGUUAGUGUGGUUGUGUCGCUCUGCUUUUGUUUGGGUCGUACCAUUUGUGUCUGGGAUGGAUCACUUAACCAGGAUUGCUACUUUCUUUCGGACAUGUUUCCUUUCCUUGCGUGCUUUUUAGGCACUCGUUUGUACGUGCUAAUGAGAAAGAACUGCAGUGGAUGAAAUUUGAGCUGACUUUGUGUUGGAACUCAUGCCCGUGCGACACAGUGUGGGCCAGAGUGACCUUUGCUCCAUGUUAGAACAUGCUGUGUCAUGCUGCUUCAGUAUUUUUAAAAAUGCACUCCGUUACAUGCAAUAUUUGCAUGACUGUUGGAAAACUAGUAAGUGUGCGUUUUGUUUCUAUGCACAAAUUCUGGAUUUGCAUUCCUUUGACUUGCCCCGAAGAAUGUCGGACUUUUCUGUGAAUGAUUACAAACUACACUCAUGGUCUCAGGUUUUAUGUCAACAAUGACCACAUGUAUUAUGAGUAUUAAUGCUAGUGAUAUUGUUUUGUAUUGUUAUUAUGCUUUCAAAGAUAAAAUAGAGUAGUAGAUUGUCAAUGUCGUCGGUACCUGACCAAAUGUUGAUUGUAGACAUCUAUUAAACGUCGUUCUAAUCGA